AUGCUAGCAUCCGUUAUGACUGGCCUUCUUGUUGCGUCAGCACAAUGGUCCCCGCAACAGUGGCGCCAAAUGUCUACCUGUGGUGUUCCUGUCUCUUUUGAAUGUCUACUUUCCUCUUUGGGCGUUGAAACCGGCAUGCUGGAGGACUGGGUUUGGGCUGUGGACCGUCUGUCCGACUAUAGCACCACAUUAAGUCCAUUACCAGUUUCUUGUGAUGACGACGACAAUUUAGCCGCUUCUAUAACCAGCCAGUCCAGGUAUCCGUCAUUGGCCGUCCUGUCCUCAGAAGCGACUGGCCCGGCUUUCAAAUCUGUUCCAUCACGUCGUGGAUCAAGCCCAAGGGUCCGCAUGGUAGGACCUCAGGAGUUUCAG